AGGUAAUGGAUUCAUCUUCUAGAUAAGAAGGUUCUUUGGUUUUAGUAUUAAAUUGUUUGUACAAGGCAAUGGAUUCAUCUUCUAGAUAAAUUACUGUGGUGGAACAUUUGCUAUCAACUCUACAGAGAUGAAAAUACGAAAUAUAACAACGGAACAAGAUGUGGCCCCACCACACUUAACAACGGCACCACCAGGAGUAUCGAACGCAUCAGAUGUGACACAACCACCUAUGUCUACUGGUCUUACAACAGUACUGCUAGCGUCUUCUGCACUUAAAGCAGCACCACCACCAGUAGCACUGAAAACUACAGCACCACCACCCAUGUCAACAGCACUGAAAAAUACGGCACCGCAACCCAUGUCCACAGCGCUGAAAGCUACAGCACCACCGGCCAUGUCAACAGCACUGAAAAAUACGGCACCACCACCCAUGUCAACAGCACUGAAAAAUACGGCACCACUUCCCAUGUCCAUAGCACUUUCAUCGGCGACGCCGCUCCAAAUGCCAGCAACACAACAAAAUGCCAAUACAGUUAAGACCGUCGCCGGGAAGAACACCAUAGUUCACCGGGAAACCGGAAAUUUCAACACCACCUGCUUCAAAGGCACGGGAACGAACAACACCAUCUACUUAAGCGGCAGUGGUAACUUCAACAAAGUGAUAGUCGACGGCUCUGGGAGCGGCAACACCAUUUAUAUCCGCUGCAGCGGGAACUUCAACUACAUUUUUAUCAGCGGCUCAAAGAGUAAUUGCAAAAUUGAAAUCAAUGCUUCCGGGAAUUUUGAAAACAUUUACGAUAACGGCAACGGCGAUGUGAACAACACCCUCAUCAACAGCUGUGGUAAUUUCAACACCACCAUGAUCAGUGGCACGGGAUGUGGUAGCAACACUUACGUCAGUGGAACCGGAAAUUUCAAUAAAACUGUUAUUAAGGGCGUCGGAAAUUCCAGCAAUACAUUGGUGAGCAACGCGGGAAAUUUCUCCAGCACACGUAUUGAAGGCGUACGACACGACGACGAAGAGUCUACCGGAGACAGUAGAAAGAGAUUACUCUCAAAUCAGGAGGGUAAGGACACCACUGGCUCGCUGGGUUCAAAGAGGACACGACACGAUGGACUAUAAAAGAGUCAAGUGCUACAGAUAUUCAAAUGGAUACAGACAGAUAGUAGGACAGUCGUCUUAGAGCUUAGUUUAUUACAUAAAUAUGUGAUAACUGUAUUAUCCAUUGUGCUUUAAGUGACACAUGUAUAAUUUAUGCUUCUGCUGCCUGAUGCUUAGUGGAUAAUAGUCAGUCACCCCCCCCCCCCACACACACACACACAUAAUUUUAUGCACCUGCUUAAAUGCACGCAUAUACACCUACACACCUAUAUCCACAUAUACACACACACAUACACAAAGAAAUACACGCGUCUAUACCCACACCUAUACCCACACAUACAAACACCUAUGCACCCACUUAUACUCCUGUACCUAUACACACACCGAACCUAUACACACACCUAUACACACAGAUACACACACCUAUACACACAAAUACACACACCUAUACACACCUAUACACACGUACAUAUACACACGCACCGAUACACUCGCCCACAGUCUCACGUUGAUAAAUACACUGUGCCCUACAUGUAUUCCCUGUUGCUUAAAAUAACUUCAACAAUUGUGCAUGAUAAAGAGCGUGGUAAAGACUAGUCACAAUGUAAUUUAUUUAGAGGUAAAAGACAGCUAAAGAUGUAGGUACAAAAAUCGUUGUAUGCUACGACAAGACGACUACGCGUACAAUUUAUAGACUUCUAUACACCUAAAAACAUUUUCAAUUUUAUUUUUAUCUUUUAUAUUUUAUCUUAAUUUUAUAUGAAAUAAUAGAAAAUAAAACCAAU